AUGAGGAUUUUUGGAGUUUUAUUGAAUGUAAUUAUCCUGGCUAACUGCCAGCUGCUUGUUGAUAUUAUCUACAGCUCGUUCACAAAUCAAGAAUUCAUGUCAAACUUAACGUAUUUUUUACAAAAAAAUAUACAGAGUCAUGAAUUUAGUCUCAUCAAUGCGGAUGCUUUAAGGGAUAUCAACCUGGCUGCAGACAUUCCUGAUCUAAUUUUCGAUAUAUCUUUUAGCACAUCUUUUCUAGAUUCAAUACAAAUAUUUGCUAGCACUCGUGAGCAAGCAAAAACAUUGGAAAAAAUCCUAUUUUUGGGUAAAAAACUUUUGCAAAAAGUGUAUUAAUAUAAAUUUUUUUAAAAAUUUAGCUAUGUUAGCGAUAAUUAUUAUAAAGAAAUCAUAAAUUAAAUUUUUUAGAUUGAAUUCUAAAAUAUAAAUUUAAUUCAUUUUUGCUUUCCAAGUUACAUUUUUAUUCAAAAAAAUCUCCCUCCUGCACCAACAAAAUUUUUUCUUCGCUCAAAAACUGGGAGGAAUAAAGGAAAAUCAUGCUAUAAUUGCAUCUCUCGAUAGAAAGGUUGAGCAAUAUUCAGAUUUACAAGUUUUAUUCACAAUCCAUUGGAGAAUCAAUUUGAAACUUUGUCUAGUAUUAUUUCUUAUUUAA